UGCACUGCUCAUUGUGUGCUCUAACGUGAUAAAAUGUCAUGAUGUCAAUGUCUUUUGGUCUGUAUAAAGGCAGUCUUCUACGAUAAACAUACCUAAUUCUGUCAGGAUGAAGGCUGUACUUAUUUGUAUUUUCGUUGUUUACGCUGUUAGCGUUCUGGCAGAGGAUUGUCACCAUGCCGAUGACUGCACUAUAACGGCAUGUUCAGGAAAUUCCAGUCACGUGGCUUGUCACGAGGAUAGGUGUACAUGUGACCAUGUCAACUUGUGCACGGACACCGUGGAUUGUAUUGGCCUCGCCCGCUGUCGAGAUAGAGACCGACACUACCAUUGUCUCGAUAGAGUGUGUACUUGUCUGAAAGAUAACGAUAUACCUCACCAUUGAACGUUUCAGAUGUCCUAUAUAACUUGGGUUCCAACUGAGGUUUUGUGGAUUUGUUUAACAAACAUGAAUAAAUACAAUGAAAAUAUA